UGUGUUCUGUGUGUGGUUCUGUGUUUUGGUUUGGUUCCGUGCGAUGGAUCUUUUCGAUUUGGUUCGAUAAUGAACAGCCAAGGCAAAGAUACCAAUACAGUUUUAACAAAUCUUUCAAACUAUUUGACAGUCGUAUCGGACAAACCAUAUAGCGAGAGGAAAAAGCAACGUUAUGGUCUGCCUGCUUUGAGGUCCAGCGCAAAUAGCUCCAAUCUUGGACGUCGUGGACUCAGAUCUUUGCAUAAAACCACUUUGAACAUAACAAGUGGUGAAAUCAAAAACGAAUUUUGUAGUACUAUGAAAGAUAGUUUCGGUGGCAAACCUAGCCUGAAACCGGUCAAGCAGUUAAAAAAGUUCCCCUCCUUGCACACAUCACAAUUUGACGUAGGUUUGAAUUCUGAGCUCCACACAACAACAACCACCAAGGAUUGUUUCACAAAUUAUACAGGUCGGAGAACAACAGAGCAUGUGGACAGAGCACGAUGGAUGAGUCAAAUGGCUGGAAGAAACAUGGUGAAUUGCACAAGAUUCGAUGGAGCCAGUGAUAUUGAUUUUUUGACAACAUAUUCCCAAAACCAUUAUAAGAUGAAACUGAAAAUGAGUUAUUCUGAACCUGAAAAAUUCAAUGGCAGGUGGAGAACUAGCAUUUAUAAAGUUUGUGGUGAACAUCCGGAGGUAAACGAUGCAAGAAGAUUCAGUUCAAUCUCAAGAAAUAGAACUUUGCAUGAGGAACGUAAGAAAUUAACACAUUCGAAUAUAUUAUAUUAAAAAGACAAAACAAUGAUGGAAUUUUUGUAUCAUAAAGUUUGUUUUGAUAAAAUUUUUGUAAAUAUUUAUAUUAGGUACU